UUGAGCUGUCAACUGGGUCAGUCACCAGCACAGCUGCUAAAGUUAUACAUUUUUGGAAUAAUUACAAGAAUUUUACUAGUUUUUACACAAAGGAAUUGUUAAAAUGGUGAUACAACAAGUAAAAGCAGUGCUAUUAAGCAUUAUAAAGUUAUUAAGACGAAUGAUGUGCUGUUUCUCAUUUGGGCGGCGACGUAAACCCAGUUUUUCGGAGCCAAUGGAAAUAAAAAUUGUUGUUGAUGGGGGACAAGCGACAUUACCGGUGGGAGCGCAGUCGCCGAGUUCUACACGGCUAUCGCAAACACAACACGUGGAAAGAGACUGGAAUACUUGGGAUGACAGUCCGCGUACGGUCACAGAGCAUAUUGAACAGUAUCGACAGAGGCUAGCUAAACCGCCAACGCCACCGCCAGCAGAGCAAGAACCCGAUUUCUUCACAGAAUUAGCACCCGUCAUAAAACCUCAACCAAAGUACUACCUCGGUGACGAUAACACUGAUAAAGCAAAUUUUUCAAGAUUAGAAGCUAAAACCGACGUGCCAAUAACAAUGAAUGCUGAUCUUGAAGACUGGGUGGACGAUUCAGUUGAUGGCGGUUGGGAUGAACUAGACACGGAGCAAACUAAGCAACUAAUACGUGAAAAUCGCCGACAAAUGCGUCAACAACGUCAACAGAAAAAUUCAAAAACUGCCGGAAUUGAAACUUCACAAAUGGGACGUGGCGCCCAACAUAGUCGUACAUAGUAUAGGUGGUCAUCACGGGAUCACUACGAUACGAUGCAUAUACUGACUUAAGGAAUUUGAGUGCAAUUUUGAGUGAAUGUUUUAUUCUGUAAUUGGUUUGGUAAAUAUGCCGUUGUAAAUAGGCUAUUGGCAGACACAAACACACGUAAUACUAAAAACAAUUUCAAAGUGCAUGUUUGAUUAUGAUUUUAUGACUGCUUUGUUUUAGUAAAUUUAUGCAUAAGGAAUUGAAAUGUAAAGAAUUGAAAAUUAAUUCAAUUACAUUCCUAAAUAAAGUGCGAUUUUGGUUUAAUUUUGAAAAAUAAUUGCACUAAAGAUAGAGAUUGGAAGGCAUGCGAAUAUUCUAAACAUUGAACGUGAAGGUGUUUAUCAAUUUAUAUGAAUAUGUCAUAGAUAAGCAUAAUUCUAAAGUGUUAAAUGUUAUUAUAGUUUGUUGUACAAACUAAUUUUCCAAAACUAGUACCAUGUGUUGUAAAUGUUUAUAACUUAAAAUUUAGGCUAAAUAAAAAUUUUAAUAUAUUUAAGCGAAUAAAAGUAUUUUGAGUUAAAAGUGGGA